GUUCUGGAUGCGAUGGAAAUUGGGGGUAACUCUGUGCUUGAAAACCAAAAAGUAGUCCAGUUAGUUUGAACUAUAACCAUUACUUGAUUUAACUGUGCAUGUCAAUGUACUGUAUCUGGCACAAACUUUUAGAGGAUAUGCUUUAAUAGACAACGAUUGCCCUAACAGAUCAUACUCUUACCAAUAAGGUCUGUUUCAAUGCUGCAGGCUGAAGAAAUCUACUGAAGCGAAUCCUCAACCGUUCCACCUGGUAGUCAUUCCUACUAUGAAAGAAAUAGGGCCUGGUUUUAACAAGCAGGAAAUACUUAACAGUCCCAGACACAGCUGAUCGUGUUUUCUAUGCAAUAUUCAAAACUCUCCAAUGGUGUGGCUCAAACUGUAGUUGUUUUUUUUAUAAUAAGCUGCUGAAGCUGCAGAGGUCUGAGUAGUGCUGUGGUGCUGGAUAUGGAGUGGUAUGGGCUUGGAUAAAGUAUCCACGGCAUGCGGUUGUAUUUGCCAGCUGAUAUUUCACAGUUGCCUACCCAAGUGUUGAAGCUCACAGGACUUGUUCUUCUUUGUAAGACUAAACAUCAUAUAGAUGAAAGAAUGUACGAAGAUACCUUUAAACCAGGAUCUUACAGUGAUUGUGCUAAAUAAAUAGAGGGGAUAUUGCUCUUGAAAUCUAUCUUUUACCAGUCAGAAAAAAGCUGAUUUUUACGGUGUUUGCUCUCCACAGAAUGAGUUUUUAUAUACAAACAGAGUGAAGCUGCUCCUGUGUGACUGCAAAUAAACCCAGGCAUAAAGAGUGUGGCCUGAUUGUGUGGUUGUGUCCAGACUAGUGAAGCUAUUUUCAGGCAGAUUGGACACCUCUGUAGCAGGGACCAUCACUAAAUUUAUGCAACAUCACGGAGCUGCAUGCAGGACUCUGUGGGUACAAAAAUAAAUAGUGCAGGGAUUUAAAAUGCAAAAAAGAAAAAAAAAAAAAAACAAGACUCUUGAUGGAGACACUUUCUUAGCUGUCUCAUGAAUUCAUUGCCAGGGUUCAUGCAUGAAUUAGAGCUAUUUAUUUUGUUUGGGUGUAGGUUAAAAUAAAUUGUUCUUUUAUUUAUUCACUUAUUUAUUCAGUAUUUAUUGUUUAUUUAUGUACUGAUUUACUGGUUUUAUUCCAUUAGCGUGUAUUUUUACUUUCCUACAGUUUCUUAUUUAUCCAUUUGUGAUUAGAGUUAACAGAAAAUGACGGCCGUUAUCAUGGUUUCCUGCUCGUGUUGUAGUGUGGUUUCAUAUGCAUCUGAAAUAAACAGAAUUCUACCAUCCCUGUGGCAUGCUGUGGUGUGUUUUUGUGCAACGUGCUCACAGGUUUUAACCUCUUCCAUUCACCUAUCUGAGCAUCUCCCACGUUGCUUGCCCGGCUCCACGCCUCCCUCUCUCUCUCUCUUUAUCUGUGAGCCUCUAUAGUGAGGCAGUGACCCUGGGUGUGCUCUGUUUGGGAUGACCUCAUCUUCGGCUCUACCUCCCUCUCUGUGUCUCUCGCUCUCUCUCUGCUCUGUAUAAUAGGAGCAGGAUUAGGGCUAUAAUAGCGCCCUGGCUGCUCACUGCCGGAGUCUAUUGUGGCUUUGUGUGGGAGGGACACACCAGCGCUCAGGGACACACUCGCUUUUUGACAGAAAACAUGUCCAAAUACACUCCUUGGAUCUGGCACUAAAAUAACUUGAUUUCAUAAAUGAGGGAUGUGUGUCUUCAAAGGGAGAUGACACACAGAUGAGAGCUCGUGAAGAGAUUAAAAAAAGCUGUGAAGGUAGGUAGUAAAAGUGUCACACUUCUAUUUAUGAAAGGAAAACCCCAUCACAAAACGUUUUAGACAGAUAUCCUCCAUGGAAAAACACUGAAACUCACCCUCAUACAAAUCCAAUUAAACACUGUCUUGUGCUGCCCCCUUCUGGACACUUUUCAAAAGGCCUCUGUCUUUCCAAAAGCAGUCAGGAUGGGAUGUACAGAAGCCAUGCACAAACAUUUCAUGUAUACAGAAGAAGUUUAAAUAAACCCAUAAAAAGUGCACCGAAAGCUGAAAACUCCAUAAAAUACUUUUUUUCCCCCUUUAACACAAAAUGAUGUGUUUCACAAUUAUAAACAUGUACAUUUUUAGGCAAAAAAAAAAAAAAUGCUUAAACCAUAACAUUUUUGUAAGUUAUUUUCUGGAAACCGUCUUGCAUUUUUUAAAAUAUUUUUAUGUUUUGUAAAAUGUUUUUAGAUUAAGUGAAAUAUUUUUGUCUGUAAGUCAGAUUUAUUAUUAUUAUUAUUAUUAUUUGUCAUCAAUGUAGAACUUUUGCAUUUAGGGAGAGAUUUUUGUGUUUUGUAAUUGAUAAAAAAAAACUCAAAUUUUUUGUGGGCUGUUUAGUUUUUCUGUGAAAUACGUUUCAUGUUUGCUUAAAAUUCUAGACAUUUUUCCCACUUUUUGUUUUUUGUAAAGUAUUUUUGCAUUUUUUUGAGAUAUUUUGUGUUGUGUGAUUUUUUUUUGUUGUUGUUCUUUAUAAAUAUUUCUGUGUUAUGAUUUUUUUUUUUUUUUUUUUUUGUUAAACUUUGUAGUUUUUUCAGUAUUUAUACAUUUUGUUAAACACAUUUUGUUUUCAAAUUUAUGGACAUUUAACAGAUAUCUUUGCAUUUCAUGUUACAUUUUUUAGGUUUGAUCCUUUUUUGUGUCACUAAAUGAUUAUUUAGUCUAUUUUCAAGGCCACCACAGCAAUUCGUGACACUGACCGUAUUUGUACUCCACCUUUACUUCAUAGCUGCAUGCACCUGCAGGAAAACACCGACAACGCGUGAGGCUGAUGGGAGAGGGGGAGUUCGAGGCUGGGGGAGGGGUCAGGGCGGCAGGUUUCAUCCUCUCCUCUGCAGGAAGUCCAAAUCCUUACUUGACAAGUCAGAAAGAGGGGGGGCUGGAGAGAGAGAGAGAGAGAGAGAGAGGUGGAGGAGGUGGAGAGCGAGAGAGAGAGAGAGAGCGAGGAAGAGGAGAGAGAGAGGGAGGGAGAGAGAGACGGUGCUGACUUUGUAGUUGCAGAGAUCCGCGUGAGACAGGUGAGAUGAUGCUGCUCGGGCUGGGGUUCUCAAAGUGAGUGGUCUUUGGGGGGGUAGAGGAUUUGGGCUGAGGUUUCUGCUCUCUUUCUGGGUCUGUUGGAGUCCUAACCCCGGUCUCAGUUUGCAGAUGCCGACAGAUGUGCCGACAGAAGAUGACAGGCUCAACGCGGAGGAGAAAGAGAGCAAGGUAGGAGCACAAGGCAGCGCGAGGGUACGCGCGCUCGGAGAUACACACCCUCAAUGUUGUCAACAUCCUGACUGAAAUCAGCCAAUCAGAUUUGGGGUAUAAAGGUGAUGUUUGAUGCUCAGGAGGGUUCAUUGGACUGCCUGUGUAGGUGUGUUUGUUUAGGUGGGUGGAGGAGCAGAGUGGGGGUGUUCUGAUUUACUACAUGACUCUUUUUCAUCCAAACUCCUAGCUAACUGUGGACUUAUUUCAGCUCCUUUGAAAUCAUGAAAGUAUCUUCCAUCUCAAAUAUGUGUAUAUUUUUUGUGGGUACAAUGAAAAAAAAAACAGAUAAAGCCAAUAUCAGGGUUGUUGCACUGCAAAAACUCAAAUGUUUGUGAGUGUAUUUGUUGUAUUUCUUGUCAAAGAUAUCUCAUUUGACUUUGAUUGCCUUGCUGAUUCAAAGACUCCAGAAAUAGCAUCUUAUUUAAAGGUAAUUUAAGCCAAAAAAUAAGUUCUGAAUGCAUGCAAUGAGUUAAUAUAUAUAUAUAUAUAUAUAUAUAUAUAUAUAUAUAUAUAUAUAUAUAUAUCUGACAGUAGUAAAGCAAGCAAAAUGUACCUGUUGUUUGGUGUAAUGUAGUGUAAGACCAAGCGAGUUACUUUUGCUUACUGCACUGAGGAAUAGAUUUGACUAUAAUUCCUAUUUGGCUCAUAAAACCUUAAAAUAAACUGUUAUAUCUGGACUCUUCAGGGGCCUGUGGCUUAAAUUAAAUCUAAUGAGAUAUUUUUGACCACAAACAAGAUAAACACGCUCAGGAGGAAAUGAGAGCUUGUAGUGUAGUUUGGACCCCCGCAAAUCUAAAAUUCCCCUGAGAUCUGAGUUGUUUCCUGCAGCCGUUUCUGUCCUUUCAUGAUUUUUUUUUUUCCUAGAUACUAUAAACCAGAGUCAUGAAAAAUGUCCACACAGACUACUUGAUGAGGUAGAUUCACAGAUCUAAAUGCAUUUUUACCCUUGAGACAAGAUCUAAAUUCCUGCUGGAGAUCAGUGGGAACACAUUGGUUCAUCAUUUUAACCCAAAUAACAAUAUGUUCUUAAACUGAUAACAACUUUUUUUAACAUGAAAUAAUCAUUUAAUCUCAUGCUCUUAUGCAGUUCUGUCAGGUUUUGGGAAAGAGGAUGCCUUGAAGAUAAAAUUAUAUGUUAAUGUUGGCCUUUAUUUUUCACCACCAUAGACUGGAUCUGAGACAUCAAAGUCAUCAUCCUAAAUUUUUAGAUGAGCAUUUUAAGGCGUAGAGUUUUGGGAGCAGAGGGGAUCAUGCUGGGAGGAGAGAGUGAAUAUGCAUCGCUAAACUUCAAUCCUUUAAGGGUGGGCGUUUCAAAUAAAAUACUAUUUUAUGGUUACUUUUGCCAAUUGAUUUGGAUUCAAAUAGCUCAAAACCGAAGAACCUGAUUCUUGUUAAGAUGUUCACUCCGUUUUAAAUAGAAGUCUUUCCUAAAACCUGCAUCCAAGUCGUGGAGAGAAUCGUGAGAAUCGAUUGCACAUCAAUCUGCAAAAAACGACUGCAAACACUGGAGUAUGCAUGCCGGGCCAUUAGAUGGCAAUGCACCUGGUUUUACCUUCAUUUUACACAUCAACAGAAAGGGUGGUGUUUUCUAAAGAUCUCAGUCUGGAAAACAAAAGUUUGUGAAGUUUGCAUUUUCAACAACCCAAAAUGCUUUUUCUAUGUAAAUGUUUAGGAUCAGCCAAAACCAAACUAUAGGGGACUUUGUCCUGCAGAUGUAUGCUUGUGAAAAGCCUCUUUUGCAUUGUCCUUCUCUUGUUGUUGGCUAAACCAUGUCAGGUCAUUAAUAACAUGCAAGUUGCAACAGCUAACUCUGGAUAUGCAGUCAGAAACUUCAUCCCUUUGGUUUAUGAAGUUUCUGAUUCAAAAGAAAUGUAUACAGAAGCCCUCAGGUGGAACAGCAAGUGCCUAACAGCAUGUGUAGUAGUUUCCACAUUGUUUAAACAAGGUAUCAAGCAUUUAAUAAGAAUUCAUAUCAAGGUUGGCAGUUUUACACUUCUGCUGGUUUGCUUGUUUAUGUUAUUUGUAAAUGUUUUUAUGAAAUGCUGCAAAUUUCUAUGUGUACAAUGUCUGCCGAGUUCAUAAAACUUCCCUGAGAGAAACAUAAAUGUCUUACAAGCUUAGUACUCCAUGAAUUUCUGCACUCCUGUUAUCUUUACACCCUGUUAGUCACCGGGAUUUCCUCCUGACGUUACUGCUGCUGCUGGUUGAAAAAUAAUAAUCUAGAGAAACAUUUUUGUGACUUUCAGAAAACAAAACGUAGAGUCAGACUCAGAUUGGUAUUCAGAGACGGCCCUGACAUCAAGCUCCCUUCAGCUCUUUUAAAAAAAUUGCUUGAGGUGUUUUCCCGACCCUUUACCUUUACUGUUUUUCUUCACUCUUAGCUCUCUCAGAGGAUCUUUUUAAAAGAUGACUGUGCUCUGUCUAUUAAUAAACAGCAGAUAGACACAACUGCAGAUGAAUAGUGGAGAUACAUAUUUGAAGCAGUAGGUGGUAGAGACCAAAACCAGAGCUGUACUAGAGCACAUGGUGGACUGAAGCUGAAAACCCACAGGAUGUGUGUUGGGUGGUACCAUCACUGUCACGUCCCGGCUCCAUCGGGCAGCAUGAGUCAUCGCCCAUUGGACACAUGUUUGGAGCGUAGCAGCAGCCCUGGGCAGCUGAACUCAGUAAACAGAAAACAACAUACAACAGGUUGCUUUGCCUAUCUGUUUCCUGCUAAUCUGGAUAUUUUUCUGCGACUUUUGAGCUCCUACUAUAUGUCAACUAACACCUUAAUUUUAAAGUUUGGAUUUUUGCAGGUUUACUCGUGUUUGGUAAAGUGAACUAUGACCCACUUUGCUUUGCUAUAACCUUCAAAUAGGGUUAUCCGCUGUUCUGUUGUGGUCCACAUUUUUCAGGGAUAGACCAUAGGGUUUUUCUGUGUUAACGAUAAAUCCAUAACCAGGGAGUAUUUCUCAUUUACACCAACUUAACACCAGCCAGCUACAUAUAGUGUUUUAUUUGGGAAUUUACUGGAUGACAUGCAUCUCUCUACUGUGCAUGACAUUCUGUCUAGGAUGAUCUUCUCUGUGGAGAUCACAGCGUGGUAAUAGACUCGGCACGCAUCUUUAGCGGAACAGUGCAUAGAGACACUUCUGGGACUGAGCUGAGAUGAAGCUGCAACGCAGCCUGUGUGCGCUGCUGCAUUGAUUAGAAGUGGAACAUACUUGCUGUGUAGCACGCAACACUGAUGCAGCAUGCUCAACAUGCAUCUUGUGGGUUUUGGGCUUAACAGCUCAUUUUCAUUGACACGCCUCAUGAAGAGUGGAAAGGGCACAAGGGGACAAUAUCAUCCAGUCUUGAUAAUCAUAUUUUUGUGACUGUGGGAGGCAAGAAUUGUUAUCGAAAUUGAAUCGAAAACAGUUUGAUUGCCAAUUCUAUACCCAACAUUUUUUUCUAGUGAUUUUUGGGUGAAUUUAGCCUUUUAUUGAUAGUACAUGGUGAAAUGUGGGGAGAUAGAGAGAGAGGGGAGGACAUGCAGCACAUGGUCAGGGCUGGACUCGAACCCAUGGUCCUCAUACAUGGGGCGCACUAACCCGCUCAGCCAUCUACGUGCCCCAUACCCAACAUUUUCUGAACUGGUUCAACUAAAACAGAGCUGAAAUCAAUGUUUUUUUAGUUGGCACCAAUUUACACCAAAUGUUAUCUCAAGAGUUUUGAAAAGAAGAAGGUCAAGAGCUGCUAGAUUUACAAUGUCACAACUUCAAAAUAGGAUAAGAUUAAGUCUCAUCCUGUAGGAUCAGAUCCACUUAUAGCCCAUAUAAAUCCACCAUGAGUGAAAUACUUUGCAGCAUUUAACAAGUUACAGUGGAGAGCUAAAACUUCCUUUAACAUACAGAAACAGAACCAGACUCAUGUUUGACCAGUCACCUGCUGAGACUGUGCUGGGAUCAGAAAGAGAGGUGCAGAAAGACAGAGAUGGAUAGAAAUGAACAACAACAGUUCAUACAUACAUAUAUGUGCCAGCAUUGAUAAUUUAUCUGGUUUCUGCUGCACUAAAGUGGAGAGAAAAACGCCUGUUAUUAAAGACAUAAAGGGGAUAUUAAACACAAAGGUCAGUUUAAUCAUCAUGGGAACCAUGACUCAGCUUGCAAGGGGAAAAAAAUGCAUUAUUUCUUAUGAGUCUGUGGAGGAGCUGUGUCAUUUUAAUCUAUAUUACCCUGAUGAAGUCAUCGGAUUGCUUGUGUUGGAGCCAAAACUGGGUUGUUAAGUUUGAAAGAUGGGCCAAGGGGCUGAGGUUGUUUACUGAAAGACACGACCCUCGAACUCUGGGAAUUGUAGGAUUUUAUGUUUUUGUUGCUUUCCUCAUUAAAUGGACUGAAAGGGCAGUUAGUUUGUUUCUGUAUUCAGAGAUUUACGGUCCCCUCUGACUCUAUGGAGGUGCAUGAGCAAUACUAAGCAGCCAAAUUAUCACGCCAUCAUGCAAAUCUGGCUCUGGUUGCUGCCAUUUUGAGUGUUAUAUAAAAGGCAGCAGACUGAAUACAGACCAGCGUUAAAUGUUACAUAAAGUGUGCAUGUCCCUUCAUGUUCCUGUCUCUGCAGUGUGACAGCAUGACUCUGUCCAGCACCCCGACCGUACGCAGAGGAAGCACUCCUCUGCCCAUUAAACACCAGCUCAGACGAGAGGAGGCCGUCCAUGAUGACUGCGACUGGGCCUCAGGAGCAGCUGGACCCUCGGCCUCUCCGAUCAGAUUCAGCCCGGCACUGGACGACACCCUGACUGUGGCGGUGGAGAACCGUUUUGAUGGGCCCCUGAGAAUCGCCCUGUUAGGACAAAAUGGUGUGGGCAAGUCCUCUUUGGCCCUUGCCCUCGCCGGGGACAUGGACAGGGCAGCGUCUGUGGAUUCUGAAGGUACAAAGCUUUGCGUUGAACAGCAGGUAAAUAAAUCCCUGCUGUCAGCUCCCCUGUGAGACCUAACUGCUGCUCUCUGUCCUCAGGGGAGGGUUACGUGCGUAUAGUCACUGUGGAUGACGAGGAGAGCACCAUCAUUAUCUAUGACAACUGGAGACAGGUGAGCCCAACAACAACCUGCUGCCUGCUCCCUCAUUAUCCUCCUCUGUACAGCCAUGUGCUGUGGUGCAUAAAUAUAUAGGGCUUGUAUAUUUUUAAAUGUAUAGGAGGUCUUGUCAAAGGGUCUUAAGUCUUCUGACUCCUUGGGCUUGAAGCUCAAAGUAAGAACAGAGUAAAUACAGAACCCAAUUACAGCUGAACUAAAGGGUGCUUAACCUCAAGUGCACAACAUUCAAGCAUCCAGAGUGGUGUUUUUUUGCACCAGAGAUAAUGUAUACUGCACAGUAAAUAGCACAGUGAAUUCAGUAUUGUUCUAAUGAUAAUGUUUAAUAUUCAUAAAAAUCUAAUUAUUGCAGGUACACUCUGUAAAGUGCAAGGUGAAUAACGUGUGGUGGAAUUUAAAGUGCAUGUUUAUUUAGCGUGGUUGAUAAAUUGCAAAAAAGGUAACAUUGAUCGCAGAGUAGAUGUGUUUUUGGCACAAUAGACAGAGUUAUUGCAGAGUAAGUAAUAUAUACAGAUAGAAACCACAUGUAUUGACACCAACCUGCUAAUGGGACUGGGGAUGGAAAUUAGCCACUUGACAAUAAUUCCAUCCAUUUACAUGUAAAUGUUCAUUAAUGCAUAUUGUCCUAUUUACAAAUAAUUACAUAAACAAAUCAAAUAAAUCAAAAUCAAAAGUAUACUGCACAGUAUACUUUUGAUUGUUGCAUAGAAUAUUACAUGUGUGUAAUAGUAGUUCAUGUAUAAGGCCUGACGGAUACUGUAUGUUACAUAUGAAAGGUUAAAAAGGUAAAUAGCACCUUUAAUAAUGUAUUUGAAUGGCAGAGGAUGUGCCUGAUGUACAGUACAAGAUAAAGAAAAAGAAGUUGCACGGCGGAUAAUGAACACUGCUAGAUAGAGUGAAUUUAUUGCAUGGUAGUUAACAUACAUUGCACAAUAGAUAAUAACAAAGUAGAUCAUGCAAAGAAGUAAUGGCAUUGUAUCCAGCGCAGAUAAUGUAUGUUGGACAGGGAAAAAUCUGUUUUAUGAUAAAUUAUGUUACACAGUUUACAGUAUUUUGUGAUCAGUAGAUGACAGAUACUGCACAGUAGAUAAUAUCUACUGCACAGAGGUAAUAUAUAUUGCACAAUAUAUGUUAUUGCACAGAGGUGGGUAAUGUGUUUACCAUGGUAGAUAGUGCAUAUAACACAUUUUAUAUUAUGUUUGCACAGUAGAUGACAUAUACUACACUGCUGAUUCUGAAUAUAAUAAGGGAUAUGAUUUUUUCCAUGUUAAAUAAUGUAUAUCACACAAUAUUACCAAGCCAUACGCUUGGGAUUUCUUUAAAAAUACAACCGUCUUCAUCAUUAACCAACAGAGGGUGGAACAAAAUAAGAUUCUCAACAAAUCUGCAGUAUAGUAUGAUAAGUAAAAGUUCAUUUAUAUGACCUCUGAGGUUUGUCCUGGAAAAAAGUACCCUUAUUAAUUUGUUUACAAGUUCAAUAUGAAAUAAAUAGGACAAGACUUUGCAAGGUGCUUGUACUUUGCAGCUUCAGCUAACUUGCUGUGUUUACAUGUCAUACAGUAGCUGGUCAGAGGGCUCAUUAGACUUUCAAAUACUUUGCUCAGCACUAUCUCAGCUAAUUGGUCCUGGAAAGCAUGACCUGACUACAUCUAACAACACCUUAUAGAAGCCUAGAAUGAGAGCUUAAAAGUUGCAGGGCUACAGAAGAAGAUAAUGUGAUUGCAAUUUGCAAAAACAUGUCGAACCUUCAAAACAUCGGUGUACAAAAUGAUAUUUGUGCAAAAAGGGAAAACAGUAUCAGCAAAAAGGCAGUGCAGUGCAUUAUUUUGUUUGCUAAAGCUACAGUAGAUAAUUAAUAAUUGCAAAUUCAUUACUGGUUGUUUGUUCUUUACUCGUAAAGGGUGUCAUCUUCGUUUCUCUGUUUCUGUAAGAUUGCUGACUGAACCCCCGCAGUGUUUCUGAUAAAGACUUGCAUUAGCAUCCUUUUACAUUUGAAUUUCCUAGAGGGGGGUCAGAACUGAAAAAAACGACAAACGUAAAAGAAAAUGAACUACUGCCACCCAUAAGCUGAUUCUUGCUGCAAAUGUUGCAUAUUUUAUGUGUGUUUUAUAUGUAGCCUAAUAUCGGAAGCUGGGCUCAGAGGAACACAGUGACAAAAGACGACAAUAAAUCCUUUUUUUAUCUGCAUCUGGUCCACAGAGAGAAGCUCAUUAUGAGGUUGUUUUGCACACUUUUCCCUCUUUUCCCUUGAGAGCAGUUCAGUGUAUUUGGUGUGUGUGAAAAACAGAGACAGAGAGAGAGAGAGAGAGAGAGAGCUGCCCACAGAGCAGAUGUGUCAAACGGCUGUAUCAAUGUUGUUGAUUUAAGGUGGAUGUGUGAAAACAACUGAACUUGUGACACAAUCUGUCUGCGUUGAUGUGUUACUCUUUUGCAUAAUGAGUUCGAUCUGUUGUGAGAAAAGCUGGAGCUGCUGCCUCAUAAGGAAUGCUCUUAUAUAAUUUCAGCAUUUCGUCUCUGCCGUCAUCAGACUGUUGUUGUUUCCUUAAAUUAAGCGAAAAGUGAGCGGACCCAGGCAGCUCCGGCUUGAGACAGAUGGAGGUUUAGUCAGCUUUCUACAGCAUGAAGGCUUCACACAGAGGGAUAUUUUCAGGGAUUUUCUUUCUCUCUUUUUUGGAGUGGGUGAAUGUCUGUGUGUGUCAGCAGGAUUUUGAGGUGUACUACGGCUCCUGCUAUCUGCGGGAGUAAUUCUCACUAAGACACUGGGGAUUUAGACAGAAAACUCACUUGUUGGCUUGGUUUUGCAUGCUGCACCUCCACUAUUUCUUUGCACACGCAAAUGUGACAACAGUGUUUAUGAGAAGGAAAUGUUUGUGCUCGAUCUUUGUUUAGAGUCUGAGACCUUUAAGAAUUUAAGAGUCAAAUGGAGAUUAGGUUUUGGAUUGAGUCCUGGUAUUACAAGUAGGAGUGAGAUGAGUCAGCAUGAUCAAGAUGACUGCGUAACAAUAAAGUUCAGUAACUUGAACGGUUUCUGUCCCUCAGGAUCUGUCAGCUCUGCAGUGUGAGGUGUGUGUCCUGGUGUUUUCGGUGACUGACAGGCGGAGUUUCCAUCGCACCGCCCAACUGCGGCUCCUCCUGAGGGAGAAUCAGCCCCAAACUCCCAUUAUCCUCGUUGGGAAUAAGAGCGACCUUGUCCGCACACGUGAAGUGACUGCUCAAGGUAAAAUGAACCCUGCUAUCAUCUUUAGAGUAAUUUUUGUUCAAGUAUCACUAAAACAUCACUGUGGUGUCUGUAAAGACUAAAUAAAGUCAUGCAUGAGCCCACGGGAUUCAGGUAUGAGGAUAUUGUAGAGCUGCAAAUGUAAAAAUCUUUCAUGCACACGUGAUCUUUGCAAAUGAUGUCACAGCACUGGUAUGCAGCAUUUCUCUGCUCAUUAAAGCAAUUAUUCAGCAUGUAAAAAGAAAACUAUAUUUUGAAUGCAUGCAGUAACAGACUAAGCAUGUGAUUGUUUUCUUUAAUUUCAAUGCUCUGCAGCCUGGAGUGUAUACUACUGUCUAUUACUUACAUGGUAUCAGGCAUUAAGAAUAACAAUCUGACCCUGUGUUUGACAAAAAGAUUUAAAACUUUGGACAGAGGACAGGGUUUUUGUCAAAUCAGUGCAUUAUUGUUUUUCUCAGUCCUGAAACUUAAUUUAGUUCAAUUAAGUUGAUGUCACAUCUGAUUUUGAUUCUUCCCCAGUUCUCAUAAACUGAGACAAAGAUAGUAGUCCAGUCAAUUCACCUUAUCAAACUAUGACCUUAGCUUGACCUAACAGUGCAUGUAAAUAUACCCAAUGUUGCGAAGAAUGACACAAGGCAGUCAGCAAGGAUGACAAACAAGGAACCAAGGAAGCAAUCAUGGCAGACAGAAGACAGGAGUGUCCAAAACGUUGUUGUUUACAGCAUAAUAUUGAUGUGCUGCAAUAACAGCUCUAAAAAAAAUAAAACUGUACAACAUACUGACUUACUUUGAAAUCCACUCAGUCUGUAAGACUCAGCUUAACAACAAAGUUCUUGUGACAUCUAGGAGCUUUUCUAUACCACUGAGAAGAUCAGCGUAUUUUCAGAUGUAUUAGGAAUCAGUUUUAGUGAUAUAGUGCGAUUUCUGUUGUUAGUUGACAACCCCAAUUAGAGGUGGCCAUCUUCUUUAUAUACUGCAAGAAUAGUCAUAAUGAAACUUGUGUAAAAACCUUCACAGGCUGACUUUAAUCCACACAGAAAGAAAUGAUAAAGAAUUGGAUUGACGGGAAGCCUAGCUGUCUACGUGUGUAUCCCAUAUACGGAAGAAAGACCUCAAGUGGUCAUCCAGGUUGUGGCUCCCUUCCCCAUGUCACUCCUCAAUAUUUCUGCCAAGUUCUUGCUCUGUUUGCUGUCCUGUUCUCUCCAAAUAAAGGCAAAAAAAGCCCCAAAAUGUAAGUGGACUGUUAAGCAGAAUCAGUAAUGGUAUUGGUAUCAACAAAAUCUUAUCAACUUCUAUCCCUACAGCUGAGUAUGGUAAACAAAGGCUGACAUCUUUGUUUUGGUCUGUAAACCAAUCAGAUUUAUUUCAUUUAGCUGUGACACUUUCAUUUUAACAUACUGAAAACAAUACUUUAAAGAUGUAAAAAGAUCAACCUUUUUUGUGAUAGUCAAUGACUCAAUUUAAAAUUGCUCUUUGUGUAAAAACAAAAUUUGAUCUUUAAAGGUCUUAAAUUUGCUCUGUUGCAUUUUAGUCAGGGCCAUCUAAUAUACUAGUUAAUGCGAUAUCUUGAUGAGGUAAAUUUGCCUCCAGGAUCAGGUAAUAGUUUUCUUGCAUCCAUUUUAAGAAAUCUGCUGGAGAAAUUCCAACGUAUUUUGGUGCCUUUUAACCGUUUAGACUACAUUUAAUGCGAAAACUAGGCCAAGGUUCAGGAGCGGCAUAUUUCCUUGUUCUCGUUUUGUUGAAUUUUGUCCUGACAGUUGUCAUUGACAUUUUCAGAUUUUGUUUUCUGUGGGUAAACAGGAGCGUAGGGUGAAAUAUGUGAAAAUGUAAAUGCCAGUAUCUCAGCUCUAUCAGUGUGGGAGGAAGAACGGAGUCACUGUUACACUUUGACAGGAGAGGACUCACUGUGUUUGUUUGUUUGUUUGUGUGUGUUUGUGUGUGUGCACGCGUGUGUGUGUGUCUGUGUGUAGCUCCACAACACACAACAAAUAUUUUAAGAAUAAAAGUUAAGGCUUAAAAAGACAUUCAAACUUUUUAAAGAAGAACAAAGUCUUUAAGUGUGAUUUCAGGUUGCCAUGAACUUGAGGUAUAAACCUCAAUAAGUUAACCACAACUUCUAAAACAGACGCAAAACUUGUGUGUGUGUGUUUUGCUUAAAAUGCUUGAUAGUCAUCAUUAUUGAACUUUUUUCGGUGAAAAAAACCCGAAAGGUACUCUAUAGGGCUUCUUACAAUUGUGGUGAGUUUCUGCCAAGAGGUCUGAUAGGGUUUCAUACAUAAUUAUAAAUUUUUUCAUGGUCAAAAGGUGGGAAAGGUGCCUAAACAACUUAACCAUACUGUCAAGCCUUUUGGAACCAUUUUGUAGAGUUUCCAAGCAUAUUGAUCCAACCCUAAACUGCAAUAUUUGAGAGGAAGGAGGGAAAAGAUUAUCCCUUCUGAUCUAAGUUAUUUGAUCUGUGUAACAUGAUAAUGUUUUAUGUGUGUUUUAUUCUUUUCAGGAGAUGUUCUCAGGUGUUAAACACCUAUCAGGACUUAUGAAUGUGCACUUCAAUGCAAAUGGUUAUCAGCUGAGAAAUGAGAGGGGCACAGAGAUGCUGCAAAGGGAGAGAGACAGUUUGCAAAAGAGGAAAUAUUGACUGAUUACUUGAUUAUGAGAACUUUCCUCAAAAGUUCACCUCAAGCUCAAAUAAGGUAGAGCAUAGUUGUCUCCAACACAUCUUUAAAAUAAAAGGAUUGUGUCCGAGCAAAAGCUGUAUCUUCGCAAGAAAGAACGAAUUAGGCUUUUGCUUUGUAAGGCAUUCUGGGGGUGUAACCACAGCAUACUUUUUAUGCUUGAGAUUUAAACCUGGCUGAUUCAGAAGUAAACUGUUUUUCUGUAUGGUGAACAAAAUAAAAGGCUGCAGAUAUGCAUCAUGAGCAUAGGUUUACUUUGAUAGCCCAUGGGUGUGUUGUAGGUACACAGGUGGCGUGUUGCUAUCGUGAGGAUGCAGAAGGUGACAGUAACAUGGACAAACUAAAGCCUGGUUCACAGCCUACUGUGUCAUGUUUUCUUUCUGCUAUUUAGGGAGUGCAUUAGUUCCAGAGUGUAGCCCAUGCUAAGUAUAAUUAUAUUUGCUGAUACAUUCAAACUGAGUUUUUUUCAAGGAACUUUUUUUGAAAAUAACUUUUUGUUCGUAUUACUUUCAGCACCUGCCGUGGCCAAAAUAAUACUUCAGCUAAUCGUCUUUUGCAUAUGAGUAAGAUGUGUUUCUUACAGAAAAAUCUCAGCCAGAUGAAACACUUUUUGAGAAAAUUUGCCUGGAAAAAGUAACAGAAAGGUUUCCCUAUAUCAUGCUGCAAAACUGCAGUUGCAUGCAUUAAAAAUUACUACAUAGAAACUGUAAAUCUUUUGCAAAUUGUCUUGUGUGCUUUCGUGGGUCAUAAACGGGCCUCAUUAAUAGCUUUAGUCUGUCAUAAAACUCCUCAUCACAAUAGCUUUAAAUGGGACUGUGGGCCUGGAGAUCAUUUCUUUCCCUCACCUCUUACCCCGUGUUAUUGCCUCCGCAUGAAAUCAAUCCUGGGAUACCAAAAGAUGAGGACACCAUCGCCUACCCCGUCUGCUUUACCCCAGCCCUGCAAAGGCUUAAAAGUCCAACCUUUUAAAGUCAUGAGACCGAAACCAAGCUUUCUUUUGUGUGCACUCACUAUGAUGCACCCUCUCUCAAUCAGACAUACAUGCUAAGAAAAAAGUAUGUAAACCAGAAAAAUAUGUUAAAAUUUCCAAAGCCCACACUUUUUGAGUCAAACACACAAGUUGAUAGCUAGCAUUAUGGGUGUAACUGCAAACAUUGUCUCUCUGCAUGCAUGAAAUCAUAAAACUCUUCUGAUGGAGUUCACUGCUUUUUUUUUUUUUUUUUUUUUUGCGCUUUUUUUUAUAAUCAUUUUGCUGCUCAUGUCGUAUCUUGAUAUACUGUAAUGCUAAGUGACUGCCCUGUUCUAGUAAAACAAUAACAACAACCUUUAUCAAACUUAUAGACUAAAUCAUGGCUUUUACAGUAUUUACGUCUGGAUGCUCCUUCUUUAAGACCCGAGGAAAAAAUAUCUGCAUUUUCAAAGUCUGACGUUUAUGAUUGAAAACAAACCCCCAAAUCUUUUGUCUUUGGGUUUUGCUCCAUUGUAUUCUGUCUCUCUCCCUGACAUGUUUACAAAGGCUGACAGUUAUUAGUCUUUGUAUACAGGAUAAUUUUAGCUGCUCAAGAACGAUAUGAUGGACACUGAGCACUGACACUUUCCUGCGUCACAAAGACACAGAAAAUCUCUCUCAGAAAUCUUUACAACCUCCUUCUUAUUGCUAAUAAAUGUAUGUUGGAAAAACUGGAAUUUCAUACAUCUCACCAUGUCUUCCCUCUAUUAGAGACAGAGAUAAAGAGGCUUUGAGAUUACAAAGUUUGACCUACACAAGAAAGAGUUUUGUCUUGAAGUCAAAGGUCCCUCUGAUUAACGCAGAAAAGCUGAUGGCUUACCUAAAUUUAUAAUUUAGUAGGCUGCAGACUUUUCUUUCCUGAAUAUAUAAAAACACUGCCAUUGCCACUGUGUUGUGAAUAACUGGAUUGCAGACAACUUUUUUUAAAUUAUUUUAGUUUAGCAUUUUGGCUGUCACCAUUAGGCUUGUAUUUUGGAGCCAGAAGUGACCACUUUUGGAUGGGAUGCAGAAUCUGUUGACACUUACCAGCCAAUGCCAACCCUGUUUUUGGUGGCAAGGCAAAACUGCCAACUGUGAUACUCACUGUGAUGCUAAAUUUGACAAGUUAAAAACAGGAUUUGAAGAAACUACUGAAAAACUACGUCUAAAAAACAACUAAAAUCGUGGUAAGUUGGCUACUCAGAGUUUAAGUACAACUGAACUGAAUCCCUGUUUAAAUCCUUCCACAUUUCAUGGUCUCUGCGACUCUAAAUGAGACCAUAAUUUACCAAAUAAACAUCAUGCUGUAUGAAAGAAGACUUGAAACCACAGACCGAAACCAUGAAGUCAUUAGAAAAAUGUUUACUGCGGGUAUGAAUCAACUGAGAUGUGGCACCAGUUUAAUAGACUUUCAAACACUCAACGCCUCAUUUACAAAUACAUUGUGCAGCUUUGCCACUCACUAAACAUCGUGUAAUUUACAAAGAACACUCACAAGAGAAGAUUCAUCACAAAAUGUACUGCAGAGAAAGUGAUGUUUAUGCAUGAGUGUUGUUUGCAUAUUAAAUGAGCCAUUAAACAUGCAUUUGGAGCAAGUGAAGCUCGUCGCAGAAAACAUCGAGGUCUGAAACAACAAUGAAAUUACGACAAAAUGCUCCUCCAUUCUCAGCUCUUCAUCAACAUGUGGAUGGCACAUAACACUGUUUGGUACUGCAGAGGUUGGAGAUGCUGACAGCUUAUCUCCAUAAUGACAUGCAAAACAAAAGCUAACUGCACAAAACAAAAGCUAAAGUUGCAAACUUUGUGGGCUUUUUACGCUAAAUCAUCUGUACAGUUUGUUUUGCAAUUGGAGCUUGAGACAAAACAGGGAGAGUGUGAAGAUACUAAAAGCUUAUCUCCACAAUGAGGUGCAAAACAAGAGCAAACUGAACAGAGCAGCAAACUUUCUGGUGUUUUUGUGUUUAACUAUCAGUGCAAAUUUUUUUGUAAAUUGGAGCUUGAGACAAAACAGGAGGAUUGUGAAGAUGCCAAAAGCUUAUCUCCACAAUGACAUGCAAAACAAGAGCAAACUGCAGAGAGCAGCGAACUUUGUGGUGUUUUUGUGCAAUUUGUUUUGUGAAUUGGAGCUUGAGAUGAAGCAGGUAGGGAGCAGAAAUGCUAAUGGUUCAUGUUGACACAAGAUGCAAAACUAGAACUUGCUGCACAAAGUUGUAGAACUUUACAGUGUUUUGCACUUAAUUAUUUGUGUAAUAUGGUUUGGUAAUUUGAAGUACAGGACAAAGCAAGUAUUUGGGGCAAAUUAUGUGCAAGUCUUGGUGCUAUAAUUAGCUGCAAUCCCUCCUCAGACUUGUGUAUUGACUUUACUUUCUGUUCUGGAGAGUGCACCCACUUCUCUAACACAGUCUAUGGUCACACACUGCUCUGUAAUGUUAAAAGUGUCCUGACUGGCUGGGGGCUGGGGGCUGGGUGUGGUUUGAUCCCAGUUGGAGACUCUGCUUUCAAGCUUGGCCUCACACUACCCAACUGUGUUUGUUUCCCAUUUCUCUACUAUCAACCAUGCAAUAACUGGAAAUACCCUCUAUGUGUUUUGUGAUAAAACUUGAUUAAAUUUACUUUAUACAAACACAAAAAAUAUGACAUUCAUAGUUGCUUUGACUGCGGGGCUGCUGUGAUGUUUUUGCUCCAAAAGCAGCCUAAAUUGUAAACUCCUGUGUCUGGUUUGGUGACUCCCAGAAUAUGGGUUUCAGCUCACUGGUGUAUGAUGAGGGUGCUGUGGGUGGGCUAUGAUCGCUUAUUUUCCCACUUUUUUGUUCCUGUAUAGAUUACAUACAUGAUUUGAAUAUUUUUUUGCACAAUGUUGCAGUAGGCCAUCUGUUUACAUGGAAUUUCCAUCAAAAGUUAGAAAGACAAAUUGAACAAAAUCCUCAUUGGAGAUAUUUUCUUUUUGUCUCAAAGGUUAGUGCAACUUUUAAGAUUUGGUGUUUUGGUGGGUCCCAGAAAAUAAUAGUUAAAAAAACGGUAGCUUGAAGAGAAACAUGGAGUAAGUUGUUACAGUGUUAAAAACUGUGUAAUGCGUUGUACAGAAAAUGUCGAAUUGUAAGUUUAUGUGCACAGUUUUCAGCCAACAGUCUGUUAUUGACCAAUCAUUUACACCAAGACACUAAUCUGCUUGAUGCUGUGCCAGGAAAAACAAUCAGCGUUUAGAUUUCCUGAUUUCCCUGAAUGUAUCAGCAAUGAUGGCUCUGACCUACAUUCAACAAACAAAGAUUUUAACACUUGUUUUCUUCUCUUGAGGACAGACCUGACAAAGCUUGACUUUUGACUCUUUUCUGAUCUGCAUCAUAAUGUCAUUAUUUCUGCAAACUGAAGGCCAGUUAAUUAGAAGACAAUCUAAAGAAAAUCAGUUUCUUACUGCUGAAACCAAAGUGAAGUCUCUGUGUAACUUACUAUUACUGAGAUUUACCACAGACAGAGAGGCAGCCAUUCCUCUGGGGGGGAUAUCAUGAGCUAAUGGUUCAUAUUUUACAGACAUAUCUGAGUGGGAAAUUUCACAUCUCUUUUGAUUCCAACACAUGAUCUCUUUUCAAGACGCCAAUUGGACAGGAAACAAAGCAUUGCAUGAAAAAAGAACAUCCAGACCCAGAGGUUUCACUAAUGCCAGCUACGUGACAAUGGUUGACCAAUGUUCCUAGUGGCAUCCCUGUAUCCCUGUUUGACAGAAGCUGAUAGGUUUUAACAUUGGACACAUUGAAAGAGCUGUAAAGAUGUUGUACACUGUUUUGAACUUCAAGUCCCCACACAGUCAGGGGAGAAUCUCUUACAUUAGUGUCAACUUUACUGUAAACUUAACAUUCAUCUUUAUUGAUCUUUCCCCUCUCCUUACCUCAUCCCUCUCAGAGGCCAUGUCCAGUGCCGCCCUCUAUAACUGCCUGUAUCUGGAGAUCUCUGCCUCUCUGGACCACCGUACACCUGAGCUCCUUGAAUGUGCUGUUCGACUAGCAAGGGGUCUUCCCCCUUGGCCCCCGGGAACCACAGCGGAGGACAUGAUGAGCGGCCAACGAGAGAGUAUCACCUCCAAGGCCAAACGGUUCCUGUCCAGCCUGGUGCCCCGGUACCCGAGAGAGCGAGAGGUCGGAAAGUUCCUGAGGCAGAAGUCCCGCUCGUGUCAUGACUUAGGAGCGCUGUGAUUGGAUGCUGACUGGAGGUCAACGGUUAGAUAGCAGAAAGAGAGAAAACAGAGAAAGAGAGGGAAGAAAAGAAAAAAAAUGAAAUGAAGAAGCCAGAGAGGCAGGAGGACAAUGAGGGGAAUUUCAGAAGAGAAAGCAAUGUUAGUGAUAUUUAUUUGUUAGGUAAAUAUAGAAAUUUUGUACACAAGAGUAAACAUAGGAGAAGACUAAAUAUUGUUGUAAAUAAACUAUAUUAGUGAUGCUCACCUGCCACCUUUAAAGCUUUGACAGAUUAAUAAAAUUUCUUUUUUGAGUCUUGAGAAACU